AUGUUUACUACAGAGGAAUCCCUUGAAACCAUGAUGUUAGAUGAAACUUUGAGUGUUGUGACCGGGGAAAAAGGUGGCCCUUUUGGGAAUACAAACACAACUACGACUACAUUGUCCAUGCUAUCCCGCGUACUCUCUCCUAAGGAUGCCAACGCCGUUCCCUACCUCGUACUUUUCUUUGCUUCAGCAGUGGUUAUGCUGUUUUUACUGGUCAUUAACACCUUCAUCUGCUUGCUCGAACACCAAAGGAAAGGUCGAUCACAUGGAAUUCAUUUAAAGCACCUGCAUCUCAAAGACUCAAACAAUAAGGAAUUUGUGGUUAUUUCUGGUAAAAAACCCAAACAUCAAGAAGGAGGAUACAUUCCUCUGAAUGCAAAAGUUCCUAAUUACCUAUUCAAACAAUCUGAAAUUCCGAGGCGAGGCUUUACUUGCGCAAAGAAGGGAAUUCUCGUUACGUACACCAGCUUCCGUGUUUUUUAUACAUUUAUUUUCACAUUCUCCGUGGCUCUCUCAAUUCUGUUUAGCUUUUGGCCCCCGGUAGGCGUUGAAAAUAUGGGAUCGGCUUCUAUUUGGAACAAAGGGAUUCUCCUUCCACUCCGUCAACGUGAAGCUGCUCGUCGCGAAUCUGACACAGAAAAGUUGAUGAAUCAGCACUCCGCCAAAGCAGCGCAGCUUGUCCACGCUUGUCAAGACACACUAAUUCGACAGAUUGUUGAUGUCGCUCGUGAAGUUGAUAGAACAGUCCAAGAGGUGUUGGAUGCCGAGUUGAAUCCACAAAAGUCGAAAGAAAACAUGUUUAAGCUGCUGGAAGCAUUUAUCCUUCGCUAUAUGAAUGAUCUCGACCUCGCGGUGCAAGACUACAUCAGCCAUUUGCGUGCCGAGCUUGAUAGCAGCAUGAUGCCCGAUGUGAUACGAUUUUCGGAACUCCUCUCCAGUAUCUAUGCCUCGCAGUGGUUACUUUUUGUUAAAAGGAUGAUGAAUAGUACCCACAUUCCCUGGGAUAUAAAUGCACCUGAGGUUCAGUUCGUUCCCACUCCAGAACACCUAAACGCCCUUCGACUUAAGGUAUCCAACAUUGAAUUUGCACGGCAAUUUGGACUUGCAGAAGCGGAAAACUUUCUUUUCAUUCCUUCAUUAAUCACAUCCCAGUAA